UCCGUUUCGCCAUUUUCCUCUUCUAAACCCGGUCCCUUCGCUGGCAGAUACGUUGUCGCUCCCUGUCAGCGUUUUAACCAGCCCAAAGCUGACGGUGGGAUAGGGGAAACCCUAAAAAGAACAUAGUCUGCCUUGUAGCUGUAUCGCCCCGAGAGAAGAGCGAGAAUGUCUUCUGAGGAGAGCCCCGAGUACUCCCCUUUCUUCGCUGUGAUGGGAGCCUCUGCGGCCAUGGUCUUCAGCGCAUUAGGAGCAGCGUAUGGGACAGCAAAGAGCGGCACAGGCAUUGCUGCCAUGUCCGUGAUGCGGCCAGAGCUCAUCAUGAAGUCCAUCAUCCCUGUGGUCAUGGCGGGUAUCAUCGCCAUCUAUGGGCUGGUGGUGGCUGUGCUGAUAGCAAACAACAUCUCUGAGAGAGUCAACCUUUACAAGAGUUUCCUGCAUCUUGGCGCUGGUCUGAGUGUGGGUCUGAGUGGUCUGGCGGCCGGGUUCGCCAUCGGCAUCGUGGGCGACGCCGGGGUGCGAGGCACUGCCCAGCAGCCCCGGCUUUUCGUGGGCAUGAUCCUGAUCCUGAUCUUUGCUGAGGUGUUGGGGCUUUACGGCCUCAUCGUGGCCCUCAUUCUAUCUACAAAAUAAGUGUCUGCAUCAAACACCAUCUCAUUCAUUCCACAUCAAAGCAGCAAGAACAAAUAGGAGAUUUUCACCUACUUCCAUUACACCCUGUGGGUCUGACAGGAUGGGAUGGCAACAGAAACAUGUUGGCGGUCGACUUUGGCACCUGUGUCCUCAGUAGAUAUCAUCUAUCCAUAUUGUUUAAAGCCAUCCAGUUGUGUCAGGUCCUGUGCGUACAGAACGGGCAUGAAGAUGUAUUGGUUGUUGUGGGAUGAUGUGUGGACAGUCUGCCUGAUUUGUUGUCUGAUCUUAACCUGUACAGUGAUCCCGAGUCCCUCCACCUCCUGUAAAUGUAGUAACCAGUCUGUGCUGUGAGUGUGAGUAUCAACGUUUACCCCUUUGCCCCUUUCCCCUCCUUUGAUUUUUGUUUUACGUUGGUGGUUCUGAUUGUCAUUCUCUGUUUCGAGACUGCUGAAAAAUCGUGCACAUUAGUAUUUUAUUUUUUCAUGUUCUUUUUGGGGACCAUUUUUGAAUCACAGUGGUGAGGAGCUGUCAAGACUUUUUUUUUCAGUAUUUAUGAAAAGCUAUGAAGAUUUUGACUUAAUGAAACUGUCUAAAUGGAAUACUGUUUAUUGAAUACCCUAUAUACAUUAAAAAAAUAUAUAUAAA